AUGAAGGACGUUAUUGGAAACCCUUUACGCCUAAAAUCAGUGAAUCACAUCUCCCUUAUCUGCAAAUCAGUGGAUGAAUCUAUCAACUUCUACCAAAAUAUUCUUGGUUUCAUUCCCAUUAGAAGGCCUGGAUCAUUUGAUUUUAAUGGGGCAUGGCUAUUUGGCUAUGGAAUUGGAAUUCAUCUUCUUCAGACAGAGAACCCUGAAAAUAUUCCAAAGAAGGAUAAAAUUAAUCCAAAAGAUAAUCACAUAUCUUUCCAGUGUGAAAGCAUGGGAACGGUACAGAAAUGUUUGGAAGAGAUGAAGAUUGAAUUUGCUUGCGCCUUGGUGGAAGAAAAUGGAGUUAAAGUUAAUCAAUUAUUUUUUCAUGACCCAGAUGGAUUCAUGAUUGAGAUAUGCAAUUGUGAUAACCUUCCUGUUAUUCCAUUAGCGGGUGACUUGGUUAGAUCAUGCUCUAGUGUCAAUCAUGGCAUUAUACAACCACAGAUGCAUGUUGUCAACCAUAUUUGA